GAGAGUAAUUCCAAAGCUGUGAUCUCGCGGUAAUUCAGUGUAAUAUCAUGAUCGGUUUGCGCAACGCACCAGGAAGUCGAACACUUCUGUUAACAGUCUGCUGGUAACUAUAGAAACAAGCCGAGAAGCUAGACCGCUAGUUAGCAACAUUCUCCAGCAACCCUUAUCUCAUAUACCCUCAGAACAAAACAUAACGUUAAAAUGUCUAUCUCAAAAAUGCUUUAACGGCGUAUGGCUGUUACAUAUGACACUGUAUUCGAUACUAGUGAAGUUUGUUGUUACAUCGCAUGUAAGUGACUUGUUAGCCUGCUACUGUAUCUCAUGCAACGGAUUUCUCGCUGCUGUGUUGUUAUCCAUGAUGGGAAAAUAUGUGGAAGAGGUCUCUGUGUCUCUCGUACGGGAAUAUCUCAGUAGGAAGGGCCUGAAGAGAACCAUCUCUUGCAUGGAUGAAGAGCUUCCACGAACUGAUUCAAGCAUCAAUAACAGAUCAGACCUGCGCAGAAUACUUCACCUUGAAGGCCUCUACAAAAAGAAUAAGACUGAAGAGCAUCCCUUGAAGUCAAUGUUGGAGAUUAUUGUGAAGGAGAGAUUAAAUGAGGGAGACAAAGUCAGAGCACAUCACCAUAGUGACAGCCAACCACAUCCAUCAGAUCAAACCCCAUCCAGAGCUACCUUAGACGUGACUGACAAUGUUAAGCAAAAUGAAUGCAUUUUGGAAGAUCUGCAUUAUGACAUACCAAGGUUAUCUGAAAUCAGCAGUCUGUCUCAGGUCACUGGACUUUAUCGAACACCACCUGAUAAAACCAAGCAGAUGAGCAAAACCCUUCCCAGUUUCGCUGUUCCCCUUGAGGGGAGCGAUAAGUGUACACAUUCUUUGUCUUCUAGCCAGGAUAGUCUCACAACUGUGAUUAAAGAGGGAUACUCGGAGAAAAAGGUUCCAGAUCCCGACAGCCAGAAGAACAGAGGCAACAGAAUGAGACGAGGCAUUAUGGCAGGUCCCAUAGCCAGCUCCUCACAGGAAAGUAACAGAAGACGUCCAUCCCGAAAGGCAUCUGGGUCUUCGUCUUUUAGAACAACAACUGAGGAUUGUAAAGACACAACAGGCUGGACUAAUGGUUUCAAUACAACACAUAUAAAGUCUAAUCCUUCAGCCUCUCCUGAAGGGGAGGGCAGCAUGUUUUCUCAUUUAAAUAAUGAAGCCUUGGGUAGAAAUGGGCUUGAGAAAAUUCCUGGAGUCAAACCUCAGCAUCACCUGAAGAAUUCAGCACCCAGCCCAAAAGUGGAUGAACUCCAUAUGUUGGAAAUGGUUUUAGAUGACGUCGAGAAUGAGGGGAGCUUAUGUGAUGUUUCUAGAGCAUCUGGAGCAGAACUUAAAUUGCACAGGACUUCCAUGGACCAGAUUACCGCUACCGCUCUGAAGAAGAUCCUUUUCGGUUCUCCUAUUGCUUGUUUCACUGAGGAGUGGAAACAACAGAGUUUUACCUUUUCAGAUACUCUUGGUUUGAAAUAUGGGAUUAUACAAAAGAAGGGAGGACCCUGUGGAAUACUUGCAGCAGUUCAGGCCUUCGUUUUACAGAAGCUCCUGUUUGAAGAACCAAGCAGUGACUCACAGUACGAGAGAUUGGAGGUAUCAAACACCGAAAGGACCAAAUGUCUAUAUCUGGCUUUGGCUGACAUACUAUGGAGAGCCGGAGAUAUGAAGAGAGCCACUGUAGCAGUAAACACAGGAAGAAAUCUUUUCACCCCGGUCGGGCGCUACAAAUCAGAUGGUGUUGUAGAAAAGAUAACAUGUGUCACUGUUGAGACUUUGAAUGAUCUUACAUCUGUUCUUGAGCAGCAUGUUAGACAGUUUGAGACGGGUCCCUUUGGCUGUAUCCUACUCACCAUCUCUGUCAUUCUCUCCAGAACUAUUGCAGCUGUUGAAAGUGACAUGGAUGUGCCAACCUCCACUCUUAUUGGUGCUCAUGGAUACUGCACACAGGAAUUGGUGAAUCUUUUACUUUGUGGACGGGCAGUUUCAAACGUCUUUGAUGAUGAAAUGAAGCUUGAUUCUGGAAAUGGAAAUCUUACACUUCUAAAGGGAAUUAAAGCACGUUGUAACAUCGGGCUAUUGUCUUUAUUUGAGCACUAUAAUAUAUGUAAGGUUGGGUCUCACCUGAAAACUCCCAAGUUUCCAAUUUGGGUUAUAUGCAGCGAAAGCCAUUUCAGUGUCCUCUUCUCUCUCUCCGAAGAGCUGGCAGCUGACCGCUGGAAAAAGAAAGAGUUUGAUUUGUAUUAUUAUGAUGGGCUGGCCAACCAGCAGGAACCAAUUAGAUUGACAAUCUAUCCAGAUGCCGCUGCUCAGAAUGACAAUGCGGACAAUGAUCUCAUUCCUCCGUUGGAGCUCUGCAUCAGGACCAAAUGGCAAAAUGCAUUGAUCAGCUGGAAUGAUACUGAUCCCAUUCUCUAAUAAUGUGCUGUGUAACACCAGUGUGAUUUUUUUUAGCUAAACAAAAUGCAUUAUGUUUUAUAAUUAAACGAUUUUGGUAUUUAUGUUGUUUUAUGAUGCCUCUGUAAAAACAUUUCUUUGCCAUAAUAUUUCUUUCUUCUUAAUUGUAGUAUUAUUGUUAAUUUCAUGUGUUUUAUUUGAAUACUGAAUUCAUGUUUUUUUAGGGGUAUAGAUCAACUUUGGGAAAGUGUACAUUUCUCAAUUUUCCAAUCAGUCAGUAUUGUUGACCCCCUAAAUUGAUGCUCUCUGUGCUCCUCUUAUUUGUUUUGUACAAUAUUUGCAUUCACUUAGUGAUCAUAGUGUCCAUGUUACUCCAUGUGUAAUGUUUAUUAGUUAAAGGUGGAGUUCACGAUGUUUGAAAGCCAAUGUUGAUAUUUGAAAUCACCUAAACAAACACGCCCCUACCCCAAUAGAAUCUGGACCUUCGGUUGAUAGACCCGCCCCACACAUACGCAACCCGGCAAGGAUGUCGGUUAGUAGACACGCUCCUUACUGCUGAUUGGCUAUAAGUGUGUUUUGGUAGUCGGCCCGUCUCCUUUUCCAAAGCGUUUUUCAAACAUCGUGGACUCCGCCUUUAACCCUGCAGUUAAGGAUUACAUUGAGUGUAAAGUAAUAAAAUAUAUUUAUUUUUGCUCGAGAUUUGUGGAGAGGACAAGAGAAGUAAUUUUGGAUAAAGCAUGCUUUUAUUAGCCAUUUCAAGGAUUGAGUCUAGAUAUCUUUAUAGAUGAUUAUUUAGUUUAUGAGAUUAGUGGACAGUUGAUUUAAUCAUUUAUUAUUAACUUGUUGAAUAUCUGAUUCUGCAAAUCUGUCUUCAGAGUCUUGUGUGCAUGCUGAAUAUUAUUGUUCUCUGUAACCAAGCACUCAAAACAUAAUCAAUGACUUAACUUUAAAAGUAUUCCUAAAAAAGUGGCUUACUUACACUGGUAAUAAUCCCUGAAAUUAUUUCAGCACAUUUAUACUGUCAACAAAAUGAUAAAAAUUAUAUAUUAAGCAAACAGGUCACACAAAUAUUCAAAACAUUCAUUUUCAUUGAGCAACAACCACUAUUUGGCUAAGAUUAACACAACUCCUGCCUGUUACAACAAAUGCCUGGUGAUCAUUAAACAUCUGGUUUUAAAUCAACAAAAA